AUGAUGUCCAAGUCUUGCACAAUCUCAGUGGUACUCUCGGAUGAGACAUCUGCGACCAAGAACCGCCACCUAUUUCCAACUCGCGCUGACGCUGAAUGGCCCAAAAACACUCUUUUGAGUACGAUUCGCGGCGCUUUGCACGGUUCACCCAUCGAGCUAGCUGAGAGGCGACGCGCGAGUUUGGUUGACGAUGACUCAGAGGAAGAGGAAGAAAUACUUUGGGACUCCUCUGUCGUUGUUUGGCGCUCGGGCGGUAUCAUUCGCAAAACCUGGUCAUUCAUCCAUGAGGGAGAGCAAGUACAGACUGCGACUAUCGGCUGGCUUGACCACAGCACCGAUCCAUCACCUUCAACAACACUAAGUAAUGCUACGGACCCCUCAUCGGCAGCGACCUCAGAACGACCGACAUUUGGUCCAUUUGCACGUUAUCAACAAACAAAGCACCAACCCUCUCAGGACCAAUCAACUCGGGAAGUGGCCAUCUUUGUAUUUCUGCGCAGUGUUGGGAAAAUCUUCCUCAAAACCGGCCACGACUACACGUUCUCCCUCCCAUUCGUCGUCCACAAAGUAUGGCCGCUCUACCCACAUGGAGCUAUGAUCCAGCGACACAUAGAACCAGCCGAAGUCGCUGAUUUUGCGCUUACUGGAGAAAGCCUGCUUCCCACUAUUUUCUCCCUGACGAGUCCUUUUGCUGAACCCUGUAUAGUUGGGCUAACAUCCGGCAUAUUGGGUGAUUCAUCCAUCGACCAAGCAACGUUGAAGGAUGAGGAUGAAAACUCCAAGAAGCCAGUAAAAGCUAUACCUUCCGGCCAAAAACUUGUGUGGGCCUCGAACCGAGCUUCCAGCGGUACCUGCGAUGUCAUUGUGACCAUUGACACCGAAACUAGGCAACUUUGUAUAUGGAGAUACGUCUAUAUCAAGCCAAAGGACACCCCAGUCCCAUUGGGGCGUGCGCGGGUCGCUCGUCACCGUCAGUCAAUGUCAACAAACACCACGAGGCGAUCAUCUGCCGUAAUCUCUAGCUUAGAUCGAAUUCCACUACGAUCCCCAAAACCCUCAAGUGUGCCGCCUACGGCUCCAGUAUCCAGCUUCCCCGUGUUACCUUCUGAUAUGCCGCCACUAUCUUCCCUUCCCGGAAUGCCUCCAGCUCUCUCAACGACAACCACAAUGAGCUCUAUUACCCUCGAAACAUCUUCUCAAUGGUCAGCACCACUCAGAACACGAAGAAACACACUUACUCGGAACGAACUGAGCGUUACGAUGGAUCGUAUGGCUCUUGGGGCUCAUACCGAAUUGGAAAGCUCUCUCAUCCCCCUUGAACAUGCACGCAUGAAAACUUGCUACUGGGCAGAGAAACUUUUGACAUAUGAUGCAGUUACUGACGAUUGCGACCAGUGGCAAAUGAUCAGUUGCACACUCUUCGAUGGUCGACGCAUAGGAGCAUCUCGCAUUGCACUACUCUCUGUUCACCUCCCUAUCUCUAACAAACUACUCAUAUUCGAGGUGUCAGAACAGGAUAAUCAUUUCAAGGUUCACUUAAUCCAUCGGCUCUCUGCAUUAGCUGCGGUGACCGCGCGUGUCACGCGCGCCAACGUUUGGGACCUCCUCGUCCUGCGACCAGAUCAUCAGCUUACUGUUCUCACUCACGGCACGAAAGAACUUUUGAUUCAACUCCGAGUCAAACACGCGCAACAAUCCAACUUAUCGUUCGACGUCGUUGGUCUUAGACCACAUUCCAGCCAAUCUGUGUCCUUGGUCUUCAAGGAUGAUAAUCUUCAGCAACACGAACACCAUUUGUCCCUCAAUUUGAUACCAACAGAUUACCUCACUCAUCAAACACUCCAAAUUCUCGCUUUGACCAUCCCUGCUGAUAUUUUUUUCGAGUUGCACCAAAAUUUUUUGUCGUCGUGGUCAUCACGAGCUCUACUGGGCACCGAAGACAUCCAGUUCCAAUGUCUUGUCGACGCAUUAACGCUGACCUUCGACCUUUCCUCUUUCUCACAGACAACAACAACUGAGAAUGCUUGGUCUGCCUUGGCAAAAUCUUCCUCGCACUAUCGUUUCCGUGAAGAAGAGUGUUGGCGUCACCUGAAGACUCCUAACCGCCCCCUCAACUCGAUAACUCAGUCCCACCACCAGACACCGCGAAAAUAUCUUCUUGCUCCCAUUUUGUAUGCUCUGCACUCUAUGGCCGAGGACCUGCGCCUUCGAAUUGACCGUUACAACGAUCUUUGUCGAGUUGCGCCUAUCAUAUGCAAAAUUGCGCUUGCUGUUCGGCCGGAGUGGGCUGAUUAUUGGAAGCGAUUAUGUCCCAAUGCAAUGGCGGGCUGGCCUCGUCCGUCCACCGAAGACUAUCAGGUCGACGAUCGCCUACCGGUUUGGCCGCCCGACGUUUCCGCUAUUCUAUACGGCCGUAUCAGCAAUCCUGAAUGGCCAGUCCCAUGGCAUGAUACACAACAUAUCGCAAAUCGAUUCCAUUUACAGCCUUCAUUUGCCUUCGGUCACAUGGAUCCUUUGACCACUCUCACCAAACUAACAGCGGUCUACAAGCUAUUGGCGCUUCCCGAUACCGAGGAACCAUUCAGUCAUAAGCGCGCUGAAAAGGCCAAUCUUCAGAUGGUUCAACUCAAAAUGGGGCCUGACUUCCUUGACCGUCUACCUCUCGGUGUCCUUUCUCCAAUUCGAGAAGCCAUGAGAACGUGUCAAGUGGCUCCCCCAGGAGACUGGACGAUCGAUGCCUAUCGCGCUGUUGGGCGAAAUGAUGUCGCAGCCUCUGCCAGUAACACUCCGGAAAUGCUUUUUACAGAUGGUUACAAGUCGCCAAAGCAGUUCGUCACAACGUUCUCUGAUCGCCCAACCGUCCAAGACAUCAUCGCCCAAGCUAAAGUGGUGCUAACAGGAGAAGACGAUGUCGUUUCUGGCGUCGAACUUGAUCUUGACGAGUUCACGAAUAUUCGAUUUGGACAGGAUCGGCGAAUCGACGAAGUCGCGCGGCUUCUUUGUUCUUCCAACAUCCCGUCAGUCAAAGUCGUUGAACGUGUCGAUCUCAACGAGCAUGAUCAGACUAAGGAACAGCAACAACAAGUCCUUCGGAUUGCCGAACGGACUUUGGCCCUUCCGUAUGGUCGAGCUAUGUUUACGUUUGGGUCCCUGCUUAGUGUCUCCAAAGAGGCGUACACCAUACCCAAAAUGGAGUUUACUGUUCGUCUUCAGCCAAUGAACAUCACUGUUUCCCCGGAAGCUGGUAAACUACCACCAGAGUCCAUGAGCUGGGGAGAUUUCCAUAAUGGAGUUGCCGCCGGCCUUCGAGUGUCCCCGACCGCACUUGGAGUGGAAAGCUCUUGGAUCGCUUUCAAUAAACCAUCGGAACUUACUCCAGAACAUGCUGGCUUUCUAUUUGGACUAGGUCUCGCUGGGCACCUGAAGCAAAUGCUGACUUGGCAUACAUUUAGUUAUCUGACCCCGAAGCACGAUUUGACCUCAAUGGGUGUCCUUCUUGGUUUAGCUGCCGCCAAUGUUGGUACCGGCGAAAAGCACGUCACGAAACUACUUGCUGUUCAUACACCAGCGUUGCUCCCCACGCCCACCGUAGAUCUCAAUGUUCCUCUGAUGACGCAAGCGGCGGGUCUCUCUGGAAUUGGCCUGCUCUAUAUGGGUACUAGGAAUAGGCGGAUGGCUGAAGUUUGCCUUGGUCAGAUCAGCCGGCAUGACCUUGCCCAACCUGACCUUAGCAAUGAGUAUCGAGAAGCUUAUACCUUCUCAGCCGCUCUUGCCUUUGGAAUGAUUAUGCUUGGCAAAGGAAGUAGUAUUCCUGCCGAUGCUACGUUCCUCGAUCGACUGACAGUCUUGAUUCACGGAGAGCUCCAUACCAAACAGACGCCUGGAUUCGACAUCAACCUUACUUCUCCUGCUGCAAGCCUAGCGCUGGGCCUAAUGUAUCUGCGAACGGAGCGUCAAGAUAUCGCCGAUAUGCUCACAAUUCCUGAAACAAUUUUAGCGCUAAAUCGUAUCCAACCUAGUUUCUUGUUGAACCGAGUUCUUGCAAAGGCGUUAAUAAUGUGGGAUGCUGUUGCACCGACACCGGAGUGGCAAGCUGCUCAAAUUCCGCGAACAAUCCGAGAGGCAGUGGACGCACGGACGAAAAGUCAACAACCGAUCGACGAUGCGAUUGAAUUGGCAUAUUAUAACAUUCUCGCUGCUUCAUGCUUUGUUAUCGGCCUCAAGUUUGCGGGAACCGCACGACAAGAAGCCUAUAUGAUGAUCAUCCGACAUUUUGAUGUCUUCACUCGCCUGGUUUACACGAACAGCCAAGCUUUCGACCAAAAGAUUCGCCGCUCCGCGGUCCGCGAUGGUCUAAAUCUGAUUUCGAUAGCCCUCAGCAUGGUCAUGGCUGGCACGGGAGAAAUUUCCUGUUUGCGGCGGUUGAGAUUUGCUUAUGGAAUGUACACCAGCUCGAUGUAUCAUCCGUCCUUCAAAUACGGGACUCAUGUGGCGACCCACAUGUCCUUGGGCCUUCUUUUCCUGGGCGGUGGCCGGUUCACGCUGGGGACCUCGGAUGCAGCUAUUGCUUCAAUGGUCACUGCAUUUUUUCCCCGCGCUCACCAUCUCUCUUCGGACAACAAAAGCUUCUUGCAAGCACUACGUCAUCUGUGGGUGAUGGCCGUCGAGCCUCGAUGUUUAAUUGCCCGCGAUGUAGAGACGGGGGAGGUAGUUUAUCUUCCCGUAAAGGUAUCAGUCAACGAUGGGCAGGACACAGGGACUACACAACUCAUCUCUCCUACCCUUAUUCCUGAUCUCGACAAGCUUGCUGCCAUCCGUGUUGACACGCCGCGCUACUGGCCAUUCCAUUUCGAUACUGCCAACAUCAGUCGACAUCGAAACAGUCUGUUGCGAAGUCAGACACUUUAUGUCAAACGUCGCACUGCGUUUCUAAGCUAUACGGAAGACCCUCGAGGAAGUCGUAGCUUGUUUGUCCGUUCUCGAACUUCGACCGGUGAAGCCGCCACACUUGAUUUUCCCCGGCUUAGCGAAACGAAGAUCCAUCCUGCUGGCGAUCUUUCCGAGUUCAUUACUUCGUUUUCGAACGAUGUACUAUUCCUAGCUUUUGCUGAUCAUAUGGCGCGAGACAUGGGUGCGACUGAUGGCGAACGAUUGCUGCAUGCCUACAGUCAUGCCAACUUGCUCGAUAGCAUUCUUCAGGGCAAACCCCAGACGCUACAGUCGCAUCUUACAUUAUUUCGCUAUCGCAUCAUGCCACCGACGUCCAGAUACUUUCAGCUCAACCUUCAGGAUUUGCGCUUUGCAUCAGACUUUUACAACAAAAUAUACGAGCGCCGAUUCAGCGGUCGCAAGGAGAAUAAUCACCGGAUCCCGCUUAUUCGCGAUGGCACCGUUUCGGGCGCACUUUAUGCACUAGACAAAGAACUUGACCUGAUUCGUAUUCAACCCCAAUUUCUCGCUGCUUUGGGUCGAUACUCUCGAGGGGAAGAGAUCGAGGAAAAUGUCUCGCAAACACUUGCUUGGUACAUGUUGCGAAACAGUGUCCCAGUGUCUACUCUGCUCGUAAUCCUCAAAGACCUUGCCCGCGAAUCGUAUCAGCGAUGCCUCGAUAUGUCGGAUGGUUCGACCCUGCUUGAACAGGGUAUCAAAGAGGUCUUGCAUGCAACUGGCACUAAGCUAACAACAGCACUUGGCGCUGGCUGGUCCAUGCGCUCGCUCAACGAAAUAGUUUCCGAGUGGAUUGUACACGUUGAAUCAUAA